AUGCUCGACAUCAUGCGUGCGCUCGAGUUGCUCCUCGAACGCCACCGCCGCGCUGUCAUUGCCGAAGAUGACGCGGCCGACGCGCUCUUCGCCACCGAGGGGCCAGUGGGCCACCAAAGCUGCACCCACGACCGCUCAGAGCAUGAAGAUCUCGUCUGCGACUCCCAAAUGACAAUGGCGGCGCUCGUCGCGUCGCUUGCAUUUUCUCAAAAACGCGCCGCGGCCGAUUUGGCGCGCAAGGACAUGGCCGUAGCAGCGACGGCCAUCGCCACCGCCAAGGCCCGCGUCACCCAGAACACCGCGCAUAUCAAGGCCUUGCAAGCGAUGACGACGCAGGUCCACGCGCUCGCAACUCGCAAUGCCGCGCUCAAGACGCGCCUGCGUCACGCCCACGAUACAGCGUUCUUCCGCCUCGUUAUCGCCACGUUGUUGGCCUGCGGCGGCGGCAAUUGGAUCAUUAGCACCGCGCUGGCGCCACUGCGCUGGUGGUGUGGCAACCAGCCCACGUGGCUCUGGCGCGUUGACAGCGACGUGCUUCUUGUGCCGCUUCGCCUCGGACCGUGCGCGACGACGUCGCUAUGUGUUGCCAGCGCCUGGAAGUUUGGGCUCCUCGGGCUCGGAGCGUAUCUUGGCCACACGGCUCGCCGCCCAUCAUCGCCGCCGCCACGCGCCGCGCACGCUGUCGUGGCUGCUAGCCUCCUCAACGCUGCAUAUGGCGUCUACUUUGUAGUGUCUCAGGCAGCGCUGAGCCCUAGUCACGUGGCUGCCGGGACGCUCUGCCUCGUCGAAGGCCUCCACACGAGUAUCGUGCUGUGCAUCUUUCCACACCAAGCGCUCGCCUUUCGCCAUCUCUUUCUCCUGGAUGCACUCGCGCGACUGCUCGCCGUGACACCGAUCGUGCUGCAGCGUCAGCGUCCACUUGUGCUUGCCGCGCACGAGUUGGCGUUGAUCGUAGAUGCAACAGCCAUGCUUCUCAAGGCCGUCGUCGCUUGCUACCUCGCGACGCAGGUGGUUACCACGCAUGCAGCAACGCCCGAAUGCGAUGCGUCCAUCGCCAGUAGGCUUUUCUUUACGUGGAUCUGGCCCCUCCUCCGCCGGCCGCAGCCGCUCGGCCUCAACGACUUGCCGGCCGUGCGCUCGGACGACAGUGCCAGCGUCAUCCAUGCACGAUACGAAGACAGCUUGCGACGUCGGCCACGUGCAACGCUUUUCCGACACCUCCAUGCGACCUGCGGCUGGUCGUUUUACAAUGCCGGCGCCUUGCUCUUCGUGUCUACCACCGGAAACGUCCUGACGCCGUAUGCGCUGGAGCGGCUUCUGCACGUGCUCUCGGACCCGGCGCCGCACGCGAGCGAGGCGCGCAUCGUCAGCGGGCUCCUUUGGUCCCUGGCGCUCUAUGCGGCGAUAGGGACCAAGUCCAUCUUUGAGCAUCAGUUUUGGGCUGUCGCCGUGCGCUGUGGCCUUCAGACGCGCUCGCUUCUGCAGCAGCUCGUGCUUACCAAAGGUCUCCGGCUCAGCGCCGCCGCCCGCGUCUCGUACGACGACGGUGUGCUCUCCAACCUGCUCUCGACCGACGCGUGUAAGAUUGCCGACGCGUCGGUCGUCUGCGCGCUGCACUGGGACACGUGGAGCGGCGGCCUCGCGCUCAGCAUCGCGCUGCUCGCACUGCUGCAGCUGCUCGGCCCUGCUGUGUGGCUCUGGCUCGGUCUCCAGCUUCUCUACCUCCCGCUGGCCGUCUUUUUGAGCCGACGCUUGAAAGCUGCGAGUCGGGCCCAUCUUGCGUGCCGCGAUCGUCGACUCCAGCGCACCGCGUCCUUUCUGGAUGCUCCCACAACGCUCCACGGCUGCGGCUACGAAGCCCACGUCCUCGCGUCCACAAGCGCCGCACGGAACAAAGAGCUUGCAGCACUUGGCACCAAGCAGCGCUGGCAUGCGAUCAACGUGAGCGCCGUGGCCUGCCUUCAGCUGCUGGCGCCAAUUGGUACCUUUGCCUGCAUCGAGCGGUUGCCACCGUCGCAGGUGUUUGCUGCGAUCGCCUGGUUUGGCAUUGCAGCGGGUCCACUCCAGCGUCUGCCGCAGAUUCUCUCAAAGUUCAUUGACGCGCGCGUGUCCCUUCAGCGUCUCGAGCGCUUCUUCGCUGCCGACGAGCGAUCGACUCCGCCGGCCAACGCACGUCGUCUCGAGACAGGCGGCAUGGAGCUUCGAGACGUCACGAGUCUCUGGACGUACGGGGCACAACCCGUCUUUCAACCCGUCUCGCUCACGCUAUGUCGCGGCGCGGUCGUUCUCUGCGACGGACCCAUGGGCAGUGGCAAGUCGACCUUUCUGGCGACGCUGCUACGCUUACCCACCGUGGUUACCGGCUCGUUGCAUGUCGCUGGCUCGAUGGCGUACUGUCCACAGAGCCCUUGGAUUCUGGAUACCUCGGUCCGCGACAACAUUCUCUGCGGCGCAAGAUUCGACCGGUCGUGGUACCAAACCACGCUCGAGAUUUGCGCGCUGCGGGCCGACAUCGCUGCGUGGCCCCACGGCGACGCCUUUCGCACCGGUGCCCUCGGUGCUGCGCUCUCGGGUGGUCAAAAACAGCGCAUCUCUCUGGCCCGUGCAGUCUACGCCCGGCACGACAUUUUACUCAUCGACAAUGUCUUCGCGAGUUUGGACCCGGUCGUCGCCUGCCACGUGUGGCAGCAACUGUUGCACCACCCGGCCCUCGCGCCGCUGACCAAAGUCCUCGUGGCGCCUCCGACGCUGCGUCCGUCGGUUCCGUUUGUGCGCCUCCGCUUCGAACGCGUGCCCUUGCGCGGCAUCACUGCCAUUCACGCGACAAGCGAACGCGCGGCGUCGCCAGAGCCCGAGAGCACGCUAACGCCAGGCGCCGACGCAACGCCGAACGAGGCGCCGACGCCGCCCACGACCGCUGACGACGACGACGACCCUGCGGUCUCUGGAUCCUCGAGCUACCAGAUAGUGUGGCGCGCCUAUCUGAGUCAGCUACCUCGGCUCGGCGGCUAUGUGCUGCUGCUUGUGGCCGAGCACAUCGGACUCGUCGGUGGCACGUACGUUCUCGCGACGUGGGCAACGACCAAAGCGACACCGUGGGCGACGGUCGGCGUGGGCGUCGCGACCUGCGUCGUCGCCUCGACGCACCGGCUGUGGCUUGUCGACCUUGCGCUCCGGGGUGCCAAUGGCCUGCAUGCGGCGCUCCUGCGCAGCCUUGUGCACGCGCCGAUGGCGUUUUUCGAGCAGCGAUCGUCCAGCCGCAUUCUCAACCAUUGCACAAAGGACGUUGGGUCGAUCGACGAAGCCCUGCCGAGCGUCCUCAGCACCUUUGCGGCGUACGCGCUGCAGGUUUGCGCGGCGGUGUUUGCUCUUGCGUGUAUCGCGCCGACGAGUGCGCUGCUCGCUGUCCUCGGGCUCCUUGGACCGUACUACGUACUGUACGCCUUGUACCGCGGGCCAGGUCGGCGGCUGCAGCGUCUCGAGCGUGCUGCCCGGGCGCCAGUGCUGGCGUGGGCGCGUCAAGCCAUCGCAGGCCACAGCUCCGUCGACGCGUUUGACCUGGCGCGCAUGCUGCAGACGCGGUUCCAGGCGCAGAUUGAUGUCGCCAUCCAAGCGUCCUGGCUCGCGACGAUCGCGACGCAGUGGGUCACCGUGUGGCUCGAAGGGCUUGGUGCUCUCGUCGUCCUUGGCGCGGGCGUCGCCACGACGCUUCUUGCAGACUCGGUAUCGGCGACGACGAUCGGCCUCGCGCUCACGUAUGCCGUCCAGCUGCCGGCGCGCCUCGGGUGGGCCCUCAAGCUUCUCGUUGCCAUCGAGCUCGAGGCCGUCUCGAUCGAUCGCGUCGUGGCACUCACGGAGCUGGCAGCACCGAUUCCGACGUCGUCGGGCGCCCCGGGGCAUGCACCCGAUCGGAUCGCGGAUGGUGCGCUGCAUGUCCAUAACGUUUGCUUGACGUACCCCGGGUCGCACAAACGCGUCUUGGCCGGUGUCUCGUUUGCGUUGGCGCCUGGCGCCAAGGCGGCGGUCGUGGGUCGGACGGGCGCCGGCAAGUCGUCGCUCCUGCACGCGCUCCUGGGCCUAUAUCCUCUCGACGCUGGCGAGGUUUGUAUCGGUGGGAUCUCGGUACCUCCCCACGUGCUCCGGGCCGCCGUGGGGUUUGUGCCUCAGGACGCGGUGCUUCUUGGCGAGACGCUUCGCGAGACGCUCGCCAGCGCCGAGUCGCACGCAUCGGACGACGAGAUGUGGGCAGUGCUGCGCCGCGUCGGCAUGGACACGUGCGUGCAUAGCCUCGAGAUGCGCGUGGAGUGCGCGAACUUUGGCGCUGGGGAGCGCCAGCUGCUCACCUUGGCCCGCGCACUGCUACGGAACGUGCGCGUCCUCGUGUGCGACGAAGCCACCGCGCACGUCGACGCGCGUGCGCACCGCCGCGUGUUGAGUUUGAUUUUGAGUUUGACCCACGUCACGGUACUGCUGGUCACGCACCGUGUCGAGCAACUGGAGACGUUUGAUGUCGUGCUGCGGCUCGACGGCGGUCGGCUCGAGCCGUGCUCUCUUCCUGCGCACGGUCUUUCCGCGGUGUCACUGGCAAAAUGCCCGCGAACCAGCGGGCUCGAAGCGGCGACGUAG